AUGGCAGCCUCGUCCCAGGUGUUAGAGACUAUGGCCUCGCAGCUCUCCGCGGUAGCUGCUGGCCUGGAAGCCUUGCGUGUCCAAGGAGCAGAGCAAAGCGCAGCCAACGACAAGAAUGCCGAGGUGAUGGCCGCGAUGCAGCAACGCAUCUCACAGCGUGAUGCAUUGCUCACAGGAGAUGGCCCGUCCGUGCUGUCGACUGCGGCACCAGUGACUCGCCCUCAAGAUUGGGAGGUGCAGCUGCCACAGGGAGCGGCUUCCUCACAGCCGGUUUCCCGUGAGGAGUGUGCUGCAAUGAUCACCGAAGCGUUGCAGCAGAAAGUCGGCCCGGUCCGGAUGCUGAAGAUACGCACGGCUUGGACCGAAAAAGACCUCAUGUACUCACAGAUUGAGGCAGCCAAGAGAACGCUGGUGGUCCGCAACUUCCCGGAAUGGGCAACAGCAGAUGACCGGGAGCUCACAGUAGCGGAGGCUCUCAAGGAGAACCACCUUGGCUACCUGGAGUGGGAUUUGACCGCCACCACCAUGGAAGGCAAGACGUUUUUGGCUCCGAUCUCCAUCCUCACAGUCCCGACCUAUGCCGUCAGAAAGAAGGUCAUGGAUGCAUGCUCCAGGGCCGUGGUACUCUACUGGCUAAAGGAGGAAGAGAAGCCAAAAGAGGCAGUCGAGGAAGAAGCUGGCCAGACGCAGCAGUCGGCCACGCCAGGGUCAGAUAGGCGCAUGGUUGGGUCGCAUCCUCUACAGCCGGAAAGCUCACAGCGGUUGCCGACUGGGCUUGUGACCGCGUCCUCACUGUUUGGUAUGAUCAGCUCAGCAGAUCUCCCAGACGGAAGUGGGGAAAGAAGCCUCCUCCACAGCGGCCUAAAGAACCUCACAGGAGUACUCCGCGGCACCCAGGCUCAACAGGCGAGGAGCAAGGCAUCGAGAACUGGUGGCGGCCCGCUUCAAGUUCGAGUACCCUGGGAGCUCACCUUUGUCGGCCUCUCACAGGACCACCCAGACCGCCAGUUCUUCCAGGACCUGCGGCCGGUCGAGGAGCUUAUGGCAGAGAUGGCGGUGGACCAGGCGAUGGAGACCGAGGUUGCAGCUGGCGAGUCCUUGAUCACCUUUGCCGAAAAAUCUCACAGCACCAGAAGCGGCAACACUCCGAAGCCCUCCGGAGAGCCAGACCUCACAAAGGAGCCCUACUACCCGUUCGACUCACAGGCCAAACUUGACCAGGAAGUGGAGAAUGAGAAGAUCACCCAGAUCAGCCUGGGGUACGAUAUCUCCAAGUACUCCACAGAGCAGACGCCCGCAAACGCCGAGCACAACAACGCAUCACCAACAGAGCAGCCCACCGGCGACGUUACCGUAGCUGGCGAGCAGCCCUCACACCCACCCAAACGAAUGUGCUGA